UUCUGGAAAUGAGAAAGGGAGAGUACAAUAGGAAAUCUGAUCUAUCGGCUGUACUGCAUGGAAGGUGUAAGUGAUGGUCUAGUGAGCCUAGAAAUCACACAGGACCUUUAGUAUGUAACUAACACCUACUGUGCGCUGGCCACUUUCAUACACUUUUACCAUUUUAUCCUCAACACGAUCUUGGCAUCAUCAUGCCUUGUUUCAUAGACCAGGGACCUAAGGUUCAGAGUCCAUGAUUUUCCUGGGGCCGCCUAGCAGAGGAAUAAGUAGCAGAGCCAGGGUCACACUCAAGUCCUCUGACCCCAGGCCCCUGACGCCCCUCUCACAACUGCUGCCUCUCGUUUACUUGUACUUUUAUCUCAUAGGCAAGGGAGCUUUGAAAGGGUUAAGUGCUGGCCCAACCUAAAAAUAGCUUACAUUUAUGGAGCACUUAGUUGGCUACACACCGCUAAGCACUUUACACAGAUUACCUCUUUGAAUGCUCACAACAGCCCUAAGACUGUUAUCUCCAUUUCACAGAUGAGGAAACAGAUCUAAGAGAGACUGUUGUUACAAGGCACAGCCAAUUGGUGAUGGAGCCAAAGUGAGUUGGGGGUCUAGCUCCAGGAGUUGGAGGUCUGGCUCCAGGGUGCAGACUUUGCCUUCCACUUCCAUAGGGCAGGUGGGUGGGGUGGAAAGGAGAGGAUGGGGCCCCUUCCUGUGGACCCAGACACCCUUGGAUGAACUGGAGAUCAGGAGCCGAGAUGUCGCCCAGUCCUCCCCCCAGAAGCCAGAGUUCCCAUGUGAAUGGUCUGAGCAGGGAGGGGCUGUUUGAAGCUCAAGCGCUCCUCUCCCUCCCCGGUGCUGUGUGAGAGGUGUCAUCUCUCUCCCAAGAUAACAGGACCACUGGGCCCUCCUCCUGCAGCUAUUCCGGGCUGCGAUCUGCUCCCCCUCUUCCUCUAGCCCCCGCUUCAUCCCUCAUGGGAGUCAGUGGGUGGGAACAGGACAGCCCAGUUACAUGACCCUGUGGAGGCCAGGCUGGAGAGCAGGUGCUCAGCCCCUCCCUCACCAUCAACAGUGAAAAUCUUCCCCUGGAGCCCAGCCUCUGGGUGGCCCAGCAUGGAGGCAGCCACAGCUCCGGAGGCAGCCUUGAGACCCACACUGAAGGUGAAAGAAGCCAGCCCAGCAGAUGCUGACGGACCUCAGGCUUCACCCCAGCGGGGGACUGGCAGCCCCCUUCCCCAGCUCCUGCCCCCCAUAGAAGAGCACCCCAAGAUCUGGCUACCUCGGGCCCUGAGGCAGACCUACAUCAGGAAGGCUGGAGAUACCGUGAACCUUCUAAUCCCAUUCCAGGGCAAACCCAAACCUCAAGCCAUCUGGACGCGUGAUGGCUGUGCCUUGGACACCAGUCGUGUGAGUGUGCAGAAUGGGGACCGGGACUCUAUCCUCUUCAUCAGAGAGGCCCAGCGUGCUGACUCGGGUCGCUACCAGCUCAGUGUGCAGCUGGGCGGGCUGGAGGCCACCGCCACCAUUGACAUCCUGGUGAUUGAGAGGCCGGGCCCUCCUCAGAGCAUCAAGUUGGUGGAUGUCUGGGGCUCCAGCGCUACCCUGGAGUGGACUCCUCCCCAAGACAUGGGCAAUGCGGCCCUCCUGGGAUACACGGUGCAGAAGGCUGACACCAAAUCUGGGCUGUGCUUCACUGUGCUGGAGCGCUGCCGCCGCGCCAGCUGCACCAUCCCCAACCUCGUCGUAGGCAACUCCUACGCAUUUCAAGUCUUUGCUGAGAACCAGUGCGGGCUCAGCGAGAACGCCCCCGUCACUGCCGACCUGGCCCACAUCCAGAAAGCAGCUACUGUUUACAGGACCGAGGGCUUUGCCCAGCGAGAUUUCUCUGAAGCCCCGAAGUUCACCCAGCCCCUGGCAGACUGCACUACAGUCAUCGGCUACGACACCCAGCUCUUCUGCUGUGUCCGUGCCUCCCCCAAGCCGAAGAUCAUCUGGCUGAAGAACAAGAUGGAUAUCCAGGGCAACCCCAAGUACAGAGCCCUUACUCACCUGGGAAUCUGCUCCCUGGAAAUCCGUAAGCCUGGCCCCUUUGAUGGAGGCAUCUACACCUGCAAAGCGGUUAACCCCCUGGGGGAGGCGUCCGUGGACUGUCGGAUAGAUGUGAAAGCUCCUAAUUGAGGCACCCUAAGCGGAAAUGGGAAACCCUGAGGAAGGAAGCCUGUGGCGAGACUGUGUUCUUAAGAAGCUCCAGCACAGUGUCUGUUUGGACUAAUCUAAAUAAACGUGUGGCUCCUCAGUGCAAAAGUGUCCAUCUGUUUGAGGCUUUCUAUAUAGAAAACCACUGAGAAAACUGCAAUCCUUUAGCCAGACUUAUGGAAUCUCUGGACCCUCAAGCCUCCUCUUUCUCUUCCUACAGCCAUGUUCUCUUCCACAGAGAUCCCUAACACUGUCCUUUUCUCUAGACAGUCAUGACAACGCUAUACAGUAUCGGGUGCUCAAAGGGAUGUUAAAGAUGACCUGCCCUCUUCCUCUCUGUGCUUUCCAGUGUAAGUUGGAAAACUGGAUGCAAUUCUAUCAUAGAGAAACAGACAACAGGAUACAUGAAUACACGCAUAGCUAAUUAAAGACAGAGCACUAAAACCUGAGGGCUGGGACACAGUGAAGAAAGUGAAGCAGAGCCUCAAUAAGCCCUAGAGAAAGAAUAAAGGUGAUGUGCUCUUGCUUACAUGUUUUCAUUUCUAUAACAAAUAACAUACUGAAGGCAUUCUGUGGUGGAAUCUGCAGAAGAUAGCGAUAAUUCCUCCCAUCCUGGUAUGGGCAUGGUACUCUUCCCAUCCAGAAUUGGAGUCUGUUUCUUUCCCCUUGAAUCUGGCUGACCAGGUGACCUGUUUUGACUAAAAGAACAUAGUGGAGGUGAUGCUAUGCCAGUUGAGAAGUCUACUAGUUUCUGUUUUUGCUUUUGGAAGUCAUUGUGUACGUAACUGACUGGCUUCCUAGCCAAUCAUGUGCACAAUUAAAGAACUGUCAUGUUCCCAAUUAAAGAAUCUCAUCAUAGACUGCUGAAUUAUGGGAGGCCCAUGAAGGACAACCAAGAAUCCCAGCUGACAGCCAGCACCAGCGCCCUAGACAUGUGGGGCCACCUUGGAGCCUGCAGCUCUAGACAAAUCCAAUCUACUCCUUGUGUCAAGACAAGCUGUCCUUGAACAGUCCAGCAAAACAUGAGCAGAUGAAUAGCUGCUGUUGUUUCAAACCACUAAAUAUAUAUAUAUUAAUACAUGAUUGAAACAGCCUUCUAUGCAUGAAGCUCUGAAGGCUUUAUCUCUUUUAAUCUUCAUUUUACAAACGAGUGAGUUGAAGCUUAUAAAAUGCUCUAAGUUAUGCAGCUGGAAAGUAGAAGCUCUAGGAUUUGAACCAGGUCUGUUUGACUUCAAGCUUUCCAUAUUUCUUCUCAUCUCUUUCACCCAGGGACCCUAACUGUUUGGGUGGGUCUGGGUUGGAAUCAUGGGUUUAAGAAAGAAAACAUUCCUAGAAGACAGUAAAUAUAAGGCAAAGUUUUGAGAAAGGAAGGGAUCUAUUUAGGCCAAGUAUGAAGAGCUUUUCUGUUUAGACUAAACACUUACUUUCAGUUGAGACCAAGUAUCUAUUUCAGCCUUUCUCAACUGCAGUUCUAUGAGAAUUAAGUUCCAAUGUCCCAAGGCAUUCCUUGCAUGUGAUAAAUUAACUUCUUCCUAUGCAUCCAGAAUGUCACUAGUUAUCUAGCAUCCUUGGGACAACUGAGAAAACAGUCACACUAAUCAUAUGUAGGGUCUAAUGCACUUGCUGAGAAUGUUGGGAGGACCAUUAAGGAGCAGGGGCCAGAGUCCAAAGCCAGCCAGUCAUGUCCAUAAUGACCAAGAGGCUUGCCUGCAUCCAAGGAGAACUGUACUGGAAUCCUAAAUUUUUCAUUUAUGCAUUCAACACUAUGCUCAAAGUACCUUCUGAACUAAGGCUUACUGUGUGCCUGGGAGGGAGUAUGAUUUCUUCAUUAAUUGAUCUCUUCAUUAUUUAUCCAAAAUCUUUAAUACCUAUUCAUACAUAUCAUUUUGGGGUUGACCUGAGAGGGUCACAUAUUUCCCAGAUUAGAGGUCUUUAAUGCUGAGUGAAGAAUUCUUGUGCCUGGAAUCUACAUUUUCUGCUUUCAUUGUCAUUCUGAUGGAAAAGAAAGUAGAUCCAUUGCUUAUUUCUCUACAACAGCUUUCAAAAUCAUAAUUUGGUGAUAGAAAAUUGGAGAUGAGUUUCCUUAAGAGGAAUUAACUCCCAACUUUCUAAAACUGCCUCCUUCACUUACCUGAAUUUCCUUACUCAGGCUGCUCCUAGGGGAAGAAAGAAGGCAGUUAAUUUCCCUCUGAUCUCCAUUUUGCCACAACCUGCCUGGAGAGAAGGAAGCUACUGGCUUUGGUUUUCUUACCUCCAAAGAGUCUGAACCCUGCAAGCAACUAAAAUUCCACCUUCACCAGGAACCCAAGGCAAAAGAGGCAAUCCUCUUGUCUCAGCUCUUCCUCACACAGACUUGCAAGUUCUGGGUUUCCCCAUCCUUUGCCUUUAUCACACUACUAAACUCCAAGGCUCCUUCCUUCCUGUGGUAUUUAUUACAAUAACAUCUCACUUUUGCAAACCUUACCACCUCAACUUUACAGCUAAAAACUGAGAAGUAAACAAGAAGCCUAUAAAUAGCCAAAAUAGUGGUCAUAAACUCUGGAGACUGAACUUUCAGGCUCUUUGUUAAUGCGAGAACUCUUUAACCAUCUUUUGGGGACUUUUAAUUUCAAAAUUUUAUAUUAUUUCUGAGAAGCUCUAUUAACGGAUGGCCCAGUCUAUUCACAGGCAACCCUUGGAAGCAACAAAGAAAAUCCCUAACAAGUAGGCUUAAACUUUUCACAACACAGCUUUUAAUUUAGAGGAAGCCAGUUACAAAUAUUACCCUCAAAAGCUCUCAAGGCACACGGUAUAAAACUCGAUAUUCAUAAUUAUUCUCCUAACCAUGUACUGUGACGAUCACAAUCCUCUUAGAUAAGCGAGGGGUCAAAUAUAAGCUCAGAGAGGUCAAAUGUACUCAAUAUUCUUAUCAACAGGGGAGCCACGGUUGAAUCUGAACCCAAAUCUCCCUGUCUGAAAAACCCGUUGUUUUCUUCACACCGUGAAUGGCUCAGGAUCCGAAUGUUUUUGCCCAAAAAGCGCGUGGAGAUGCACUUCUUAGAGAACCUCAAUAUUCUUAAAAUAUAAAUGUUUAGUUGCUUCCGUAAAUUUGGAAAAAUGUCAACUGAGGGAUCGGGCUCACACGGAGCUUCCGAACGGAGUGAGCCUAAGAAAACGAAUUUCCCCAAGCGGAGUAUUAAUUUCACCGCUUAAAAGCUCAGCUCUGAGCCGAUGGAGAAGGAGGGGGCGGAGAAGAGAGUGCGACAGGGCUCGAGGCCCUCGCUCAUUGGGCCGUUCCCUCGCGCGCCGCCGCGAGGUCCAGGCUGCUGGAGGGAAUCCAAGCAAAAUUUCCCGGGCACGAGCGCGCGCUCGCGGUCACCCCGCC